UCCUUUCUCUUUCGAUUCUCAGCCAAAAUCUUUUGCAGCUUUUUCUUUACAAAGACGCAACUUCACUUGGAGAUGGCCCGUACAAAGCAGACUGCCCGCAAGUCCCACGGUGGCAAGGCUCCUAGGAAACAGCUCGCCACCAAGGUUUGUUUGACUGCUGCCCGCAAAUCAGCCCCAACUACGGGAGGGGUGAAGAAGCCCCACAGAUACCGCCCUGGAACUGUUGCUCUUCGAGAAAUCCGCAAGUACCAGAAGAGUACGGAUCUUCUGAUCAGGAAGCUGCCAUUCCAGAGGCUGGUCCGUGAGAUUGCUCAGAAUUUUAAGACCGACCUGCGGUUCCAGAGCCAUGCGGUGCUGGCAUUGCAGGAGGCGGCUGAGGCGUACCUGGUUGGUUUAUUCGAAGACACUAACCUCUGUGCCAUCCAUGCCAAGCGCGUCACCAUCAUGACCAAGGACAUUCAACUUGCUAGGAGGAUCAGGUGCGAGAGGGCUUAGGGCUUAGGAGGAGAGGCUUUA